AUGCACUCCUCGAUGCUGAAGAACGUGUUCAUAAUGGACAAUUCGUUGUUUGGACAAAACAACAAGUUCAUGCCGUUAUUGCUGAGGUUGCUAAGGCCGUUUCUUCCAGUUAUGCCAUUCCACAUCACUGUCACUCUUCCGUUGACAGGCUUCCACUUCAUUCUAUCGGCCACGUUGGGUUCUACCAAACAGCAGCACCGGCCUGGGUCGCGUGACGUGAUGUCGAUACCUCAGUAA